AUGCACUCUGUUGCAAACUCCCUGGCCCUAGCGGCCGUCGUCUCGACAGCCGCCGCUGCCAUCCAGGGCUUCAACUACGGCAACACUUUCACAACCGGCCAGGUCAAGUCCCAGUCCGACUUCGAGGCCGAAUUUAAGGCGGCGCAGGGUCUCGACGGUACCAAUGGCGCCUUUAACAGUGCUCGUCUCUAUACCAUGAUCCAAGGAAACACCGCCAACGACCCAAUCGAAGCCAUCCCCGCCGCAAUCAGCACCAAGACUAGCCUCCUCCUCGGCCUCUGGGCCUCUGCCGGCGAAGCCAUCUUCAACAACGAGCUCGCCGCCCUGCAAAAGGCCAUCCAGAAAUACGGCGACAGCCUAUCCGGCGUCGUCGCCGGCAUCUCCGUCGGCAGCGAGGACCUCUACCGCAUUUCCCCAACUGGCAUCGCCAACAAGGAAUUCGCCGGCGCCAACCCGGACACCCUCGUCGGCUACAUCAAGUCCGUCCGCGACCUCGUCAAGGGCACUGCCCUCUCCGGCGUCAAGAUCGGCCACGUCGAUACCUGGACCGCUUUUGUUAACGGAUCGAACAAGGCUGUUAUUGACGCUUGCGAUUGGCUUGGUUUUGAUGGUUAUCCUUAUUUCGAGGAUACGCAUGCCAACAGCAUCUCGAAUGGGGCUGCUCUCUUUAACGAUGCUCUUGGUGCUACGAGGGCUGCUGCUGGCGGCAAGGAGGUUUGGAUUACGGAGACUGGUUGGCCUGUGAGCGGAAAGAACUUUGGCGAUGCCGUUCCCUCGAUUGAGAAUGCCAGGAAGUACUGGAAGGAUGUUGGCUGCCCCCUGUUCGGUAACACGAAUGUGUGGUGGUACACUCUCCUCGAUGCUGCCCCGACUACCCCUAACCCUAGCUUCGGUAUUAUCAAGGACUUGAACUCUAAGCCGCUCUAUGACCUCUCUUGCGAUGGUUCAUCUAAUGGCGGCAACAACGGCGGAAACAACAACGGUGGUAACAACAACGGUGGUAGCAAUGAUGGCGGCAACAGCGGCGGUAAUGAUAGCGGUAACAAUAGCGGCAAUAACAACGGUGGCAACAACGAUGGCAACAACGGCGGUAGCAACGGCGGUAACAACGGUACCUCUCCCUCUUCGGGUAGUGGAAACACUACCCCAACCCCCACGGGUGGAAGUGGCAGCGGAAGCACGGGUAAUGGAACUAAUACCCCAGUCCCCACAGACUCAGGCAAUAGCGGGAACAACGGUGGCUCCGACUCCGGAUCGGGCUCUGGUUCUGGCACCAAUCCUGGCUCCAAUCCUGGCUCCAAUUCUGGCUCCGGCUCAGGGUCUGGUUCUGGAUCUGGUUCGGGCUCUGAUUCGGGUUCGGGCUCUGGCUCUAGCUCCGGUUCCGGUUCCGGAUCUGGUUCUGGCUCGGGAUCUGGGUCUGGCUCGGGAUCUGAUUCAGGUUCGGGCUCUGGCACAGGAUCCGGCUCCGGCUCCAACGACCAACAGGCCGCCCCGAGCGCCGGCAGCUCCAACAACCUCAACACCAUGCUCGCCUCCGCCAUCGCCCUCAUCGCUGCCGCCACGGUAUUCUAA